AUGUACAAGACGGUGAGACACGGCGAGAAUAGUCUUCAGUACACUAUACUUCCGCAAACAGAGGAAGUCCUUAGCAACAGUGGAUUGAAAGGCAAAGGCCGGGAUUAUAGUCCUUCUAUUCAUGUGCGACGUUCAAGAAGAAAAUCCGCGUUAAAAUAUAUUAUAUUAGUAGUAAUCGGAAUCGUAGUAGCUCUAGCGUUCGCAUCAGUUCCCCUAUAUGUCCUUAACGGUGCUCUCUACGCGCGGAGAAUGCAGCAUGAUCAACAUGAACUUAUGACUAGUGCACCUCUCACGCCAGCCGGACGUGAAAUUGUUAAGUCACGGAAAAAGGAAUUGAUGAUUGCAGCUGACACGACUACAACGUUGAAAUCCCAGAUAGAAUCAAGUGUAGCUCCAUCGACCACAUCAAGUUCCACAACUACGUCACUCCCUACCACGGUAAUUAGUGUAAGAGCAACUACCCCACCAUGGACUAUGCCUGCUCUUAGAUCGUGGAAAUUUUCAUCAUCCUCAACAACAAUACAACCCCUUCCGACUGAGGAUAAUGAAGAAAUUCCUCUCGUUGGUACACCAUCUGGGAGUGUUCGCUUACUAGAUCAUUAUAUGUCGGUGUCCAUGAAGCCCUGGGAAAAGGACAUCAUCAUAAGGCCUACGAUAACACCUGAGCCAAUAACGAUUCGAAAUGUAUUUAAAUACUACUCGCGUGCCUUCAACCCAUUAGAGAAAUCAGCAACUGCCAAUUCAAAGUUAUUUGAAGACGUUUUAAUUACUACAAAAGGUUCUACUACGCAGACACCAAUAACUACAGAUUUAGCCAAGACGAGUGAGACGUCACUAAUGAAGGAUUUGAAGGAUACUCUUUUGUCAGUGGACGAUGAGGACGAAUUUAAAGAAUCCUUAGAAGUUGACGAGGUUUUCUCUCUACCGCCUAUGAAGCCCGACUCGGCGGCGCCGGGGAAUGAUUUUGACGAAGUAACAGUUUCGAAAGCGACUGAUAGCGGCUGGUACGGUGCGAGAUGGCCUUUCGUCGAUACGUCAUCUUACUUCCAAUGGACGGGAUACUCGCCUGGAGAUAAUCUACUUCUGCCGUUAUUGGUAGCAGCAUUGUCAUCGAUCGUGCUAGUGUUACUACUGGCGCUUGCUGUGCGGCGUCGCAAAAGGACCACGAAUGCGUCAGCUCAAAUUGGAAAGCUUACCGCCGACUUGCAAGCGGAUGAUAACACCAAUUUAUUAACUGCAGAAAACCCCGAAGAAGUGGAAGAG